AUGGCAGUGUAUGCUUUUGACAGCUCCCACGACGAUUUAAUACACGAUGUUUCUUACGACUUUUAUGGUAAACGUCUUGCAACCUGUUCUUCUGACCAAAAAAUUAAACCAAGAAAUAGUGGUAAACGAUGGGCUUUGAAGGCGAGCUUAGUAGAUAGUAGCGGUUCUGUAAAAGACAUUGAAUUCGCGCCCAAUAAUUGGGGUCUGAAAUUAGCAACUGUUGCCGCUGAUGGUGUACUCAGAAUAUACGAAGCUCUCGAAGUGAAUAAUUUAGCUGAUUGGUCUAUGAUGGAGGAAGUAGAGAUUAUUACCCCUGGAACUGUUAAUAAAGAGGCUGACGGAAACUAUUGCCUUUCUUGGUGUCCCUGGAAACCACAAGUAUCACCAAUGAUCGUUGUUGGUUGUGGAAAAGAGAAUUGUGCUAAAGUCCUUCAUGGUCAUGAAGAUGCUAUUCAUGACGUUAGUUGGGCCCCUAAUAUGGGAAGGUACCUCAUAGAUCAUAAAGUUGGUAUUUUCAAGUUAACAAACAAACCCGAUGGUUAUUCCGUAGAAAAUAUCGCCAUGCUUUCUGAACACGGUGUUGAG